AUCCCAAGCGCUCCUCAAGGCUACUGGACCAAAGGAAGUUCCGAUGAGUUGAAGCUCUUAUGCAGGUGGAACAAAAUUGGUGCAAAGUGAGUGAGAGCUGGGUAAGGUAGCAGGGAGACGAUUAAGUUAUGGCUGCUGGCAGAUUCCCCAAGAGAGAGCUUUUCUUUUUCAAAGGUCAUUUCAACAUCUUCUGGAUGUGAGAAUUGAACCCACACCACCUCUUUUCCAGUGAGCUACCUACCACUCGGGUCACAGUGUCAUCUCCUGGCCUAGCUUAGUUUUCUAGUGCCUGUUGGUCUUCAUCCAGCUGCCUGCCAACCCUCACCUCCAGAAAAUGUGGGGUAAAGUGAGACUGCACGUGCUUCCUGGUGGUGGGCCUUGUUGUGGGCGUGGUUCUGGAAGAGGUUUUGUGCCAUUAGUGUGGCAGUGCUACGCGAAUGAUUGGUGCUUUCCAUUCAUGGUCAGUGUGUGGGCAUUGGAAGAGUGUUGCAACUGAUGGAUUGUUGUGUUGUCUGGGACAUUGACUCAGAAGUGACUCCCAUCCCUCCUCAGCCAGACAACCAAAUAUUCAAAGGUAAACAUGGUGUUGCAGUUUUUGAAGCUGUAAGCAGAGCUCUGACGUCAGUACUUUGAAAUGAGGUCUUCUAAGCUGUUAGCUUAGCUGCCGAGGUAUUGAUUGAUGGUGGAUUGACUGAUUGAUUGAUUGUGAAUGCCAAAACUGUUUGAGAGUUUAACAGAAUUGGUGUCCAGGCAUAGGGAUGGUUGCUGCUGGCAAGGAGAGGGUGAUUGCAGCUGUGGAGGGAGCUGCCGGCUUCAUAUCAAAUGACCUAACUUGGCCAUUGUGGUGCCAAGAAACUUAAGAGAGCACCUCCCCUGGGAGUUGGCUGAGUUAUACAUCAUCAGCUGGUUCAAUUCUAUCCCUGAAGAUCUGAAUCAGGAGAAAAGAUGUUUUAUCAUGCUACAUGUGCUAAUUGGGUUACCUCUGCCAGAAUGUUUUCCGUUAUCUCCUGCAGCAACUGUAUGGUGAGUGACCAUCUUAACAAUGUGAUGAUCACUGCCAGUACUUUCUGCAUUUAAUCUUUCUGACCUCACUGUUUGUAAUCCUUCCACUCACAUCUGCAAGUAAGAAUCCAUUUGAAUGACCAAGUAGGGAAGUGUUGAUUAAGUGGAAGAGUGCCAGCUCUUCUGCGGGUUCCCCCCCCCCCUGCCCCAGGUCAUCAGUAUGUCUAAAAUUGCUAGCAUAGAGCUGAGAGGGCAGUUGGGCUAGUGAUGAUUUUGAGAUGGGGCUGAGCUAGUAUUGGCAACAGGGGUGAAAUGCAAAUAAAGCUGGUGAAGUUGUUUCCGACAUUGGGUUACCAGAUUCCUCCAGGGCCUGAUGCAGCAGAGCCUACCAUGACUGAAAGUGAAACCAACUCGCUCUCAUAAGCCCUAAGCCCUCUUCAUCAUUUGGGAAUGACCAGUUAAGGGUUCCAGUGGAGUUUCUUGCAUUGGGCUUCAUUGCAGCCCUCCUGGGUCCUCAUGAGAUCACAGCUUAGGUUUUGCUUUGUCUGUUGAAUGCAACCUGGUUGUUAAAUCAGAGUUAGCAUGGGCAGUAACACUGCGUGCCCCCUGGUGAGCAAAAAGUACUGAAUGGGGAAGUCUAGUUGGUUUCAAAGCAUGAAGCAAUAAGCAGUUUGAAGUGGUAGUUCAGUGACAUAUGACAAAUAAAACAGAAAAGCACAGUUUAGCUAUUCAGAACCCUGCAUCAUGCUGCCUACCUGGUUCUUUGAAGACCUGUGGUUUCUGUGACACUGUUUCUUCAGUGCCCUGCUUCUCUUUCUGUGAGACCUAUAUUCUAGCAUCUGUACUGAAGAAAGCAUCCCCACCAGCUUCCUCUUAUUAUUAUUAUGUUUAUUAUUUUUUAAAACUUUUUAGACCAUAGUCUCUGGACAGUUUAACAAUAAGAAAAUAGAAUAAAAGUAAGCAUCCUAGUCAAAUUCUUAAUCAACAAUAAAACCCAUAUUAAAAACAGUCGAACCUUAAAACAUUGGGAAAAUAAACAGAUUUUAGCCUGGCAUCAAAAUGAAAAGAAUCAAGUGACGGCACCAGGCAAACCUCUAGUGGAAAAGUGGAAGUUUUCUAGUGGAAAAGGGUCUUUAGGAUUCACUUACUUGGACUUCCUGGGUGGAAAUUCCCCCGAGGAAUUAGCAUAGCUGACACUUUGUUGUUGUUAGUCCUGCCCGACCCAUGGACAACAUUCCUCCAGGCCUUCCUGUCCUCUACACCUGGACUAUUUACCAGUCAAUGGGUUUGCUAAUUGGAGGCACUUGACCUUGGGAUGACCUCAGUCAAGUAUUUGCAUUGCAAUGCCAGCAUCCAGCAGGUAGCAGGUAGUGCCUCUUCAAAGAGCUACAUUUGAUUAUAAAAUGAAGCUUUCUUCCUCUUAUACCUGAAUAAAGUGGAGUUUUUGUAUAGUCUAGUGAACCACUGCAGGCUGAUCAGAAAAGACAUUGAGUUAAGUCUUCGAAAUCUCUGUAUUUCAGGUUUAAUGUUGUUAUGUGCUGUCAAGUCAUCUCUGACUUCCGGCAACCUUAUGGAUGAAAGCCCUCCAAAUAUCCUGUCCAUGACAGUUCCAUUCAGCUCUUCCAAGUUCAGGGCUGUGACUUUCUUUAUGGAUUUAUCCCAUCUCAUAUUUGGUCUUCCUGUUGGUCUUCCGCCUUCAACAUUCCUUAACCUGACUGUCUUGUCCAGUUUCUUUUGUCUUUCCAUGACGUGUCCAAAGUAUGACAGCCUCAGUUUUGUCAUUUUUGCUUCUAGGGAAAGCUCUAGCUUGAGUUGAUCUAGAACCCUCUUGUUUGUCUUUCUCAUGAUCCAGGGUAACCAUGAAGCUCUUCUCCAGCACCAUGUUUCAAACACAUCCAUUUUCUUUCUGUCAGCUUUCUUUACUGUCCAGCUUUCACACCCAUACAGUGUGAUUGGUAAUACAAAAGUCUGUCUGAUCUUGAUCUUGACCUUGGUCUCCAGUAAAGCAUUCUUAGUCUUGAUUAUCUUUCCUAGUUCUUUCAUUGCUGUUCUUCCAAGUCUGAGUCAUCUUUGGAUCUUGAGUGCAAUUGAACCCUUUGAAUUGAUGACUGAGUCGACGUAUGUAACUCUUCUACCAUUACAAUUUAUUUACUACUAACUGUGAAGUUCUAUAAUUCUUCUGUGGAUGUGGUUUUUGCUUUCUUGCAGUCCUGCUUUUGUACUUUAUUCUUUCACUUUGAUCAGGAAUUGUUUCACAUCAUUCCUGCUUUCUGUCAAGUGGUAUGAUGUCAUCUGCAUAUCUUAAAUUGGUGAUGUUUCUUCCAUCAAUGUUCAUUCCUUCCUCUGAUUCUAAUCUACCUUUCUUAUGAUGUGUUUUGUGAACAAAUUGAACAGAUAGGGAGAUAAAAUGCAUCUUUGUCUGACACUUUUGCCUAUGGAAAACCAUUCUUUUUCUCUAAAUAUUCUGUCCAAACUGUAGCUUCUUGUCCAUCAGUAUGGGUUUUGCAUCAGGGCACACCCAUUUCUUUCAGGACCAUCCAUAGCUUCUUGUCCAUACAAUCAAAGGCUUUGCUGUAAGACUGAUGGUUUUCUGAAGUUCUUUGGUAGCCAAUUUAGCCAAUUUAUAGCCAAUUUAUAUUUGCAAUAUGAUGUCUAGUGCCUCUUCCUUUUCAGAAUCCAGCUUGACCAUCUAGCAUUUCUUGUUCCGUAUAGAGUAGUAUUCUUUGUUGUGACACUCUGAGCAUCAUCAUCAUCAUCAUCAAUUACAUUGUUAAUGCGGAAUUGUGGUAAUACAAUGGUCCUAUGGUUGCUGCACUUUUUGCAUUUCCUUUCUUGGGGAUUGGAAUAGGGUUAGGAUUAGGGUUAGGAUUGGAAUAGUUCUAUGGGUAUCCUAUCUACCCCAUCAACUUUACUCUGCAGUUACUUUCAGAACAGCUUUCAUGUCAGUUUCCAAUAUUGCAGACUCAUUAUAGGAUUCCACUUUGAAGAGCUAUCUAAUUGUUUCUUCACUAUAGCUUGUCUGUAUAUUCUUUCCACCCUCUCUUUAUUUCUCCUGCUCGGAUAGUAUGUUCCCUUGUCUGUCUUUCAGCAUUCCCACUCUAGGUUUAAUUUCCCUUUGAUUCCUUGGAUCUUCUGGAAGAGGUCUCGUUUUUCCUCUUUUGCUGCUUUCUUCUAUUUCUUUGCACUGAGCAUCGUAAUAGUUCCUUUUGUCUCUAGGUGAUAGUCACUGAAAAGUUGCAUUCUGGUUUCUGACCCUAUUUUUUUACCUUUUGCUUUUGUGUCUUGCCUUUGCAACUCUGCGUGUUUCUUCCAUCAUCUGAGCAGGCAUUUUCUUUCUUGUUGCUACAGACCUUGUCCUUUGGCAUUCUUCCCUAAUCAUGUCUCUGGUUUCAGUCCACAGUUCUUCUGGCUUGUGGUCAAUUGAGUUGAGCAACAUAAAUCUCUUUUUUAUAUAGACUUUAAAUUUUUAAGGGAUGUUACUUAAGUUAUAAUUUGGUACCAUGUUUCUGUUGGUGAUCUUUUUUAGCUUUACAUUUUUGAAAUUAAGAGCUGAUAGUCACUACUGCCGUCUGUUCCUAUUUUUACAGCAAUAAUGCAGCCUCCCCACCUUCUAUUUCCAGUUACAUAAUUUAUUUGAUUUCUGUAUUGGCCAUCUGGUGAAGUCUGUGUAUAUAGUUGUCUGAGCAGUUGCUUGAAGUGUGUGUGUACAAUGAACAGGUUGUUGGCUUCAAAACAUGCUAUGAGUCAUUGUCUUGCCUCAUUUCUGACCCCUGGGCCAAAUUUUCCUACAACAUUUGAUUCUAUUUUGUUUCCUGCUUUUGCAUUCCAGUCAUCUAGGAUUAGCAGCAUGUCUUAUUUUGGUGUGUUGUCAGUUUCCUCUUGAACACCUGCAUAAAAGUGUUGAUUUCUCUUUCUUUGGAAUCAUCUGUUGGAGCUUGGACUUGAAUGAUGGUUAUGUUGAUAGGUUUUCCACUAAUUUUGACUAAUAUUGUUCAGCCAGAUUUUCCAUUAUAUCCUCUUACUGCCUGUAUUGUGUCUUGCCUCAGUAUUUAGAGCUGCUCCAGUCACUUGCAGAGUAAAAUGCUUUGUGGAAAUGCCCCAUUCCAGUCCACUUUAAUUCACUCACACCGAGCACUGUGAAGUUAAUUCUUUCAAUUUCUUGCUUUAGGAUUUCCAGAGGGUCUUGAUUCAUACUUCUCACUUUCCAUGUCUCAAUUCUAUGUGUUGUGCAGCAUUGGAGUUUCCUUUCACCUCUGCAUGCAGCCCCUAGUUUGAGCAUCAUUAUCAUCAUCUGCAGAUCUUUCACCAGCACCUUCCACCACUGCUGUCAGUAGCUGCCUUUCAGAUAUUUCUCUGCCCCCACCAUUAAUUAUAUCCAUCUCCUUUUUGCUGAUGUGACCAUUAGUCCUGAAGAGGGUGAAUGCCCUCAAUCUGGUAUCUCAGCCUUGAUCAGUCUGCCUUGGGCAACCCUGCUAGGAGGCCAGCCUAGUGAGAUUAUUCCAGCCCCCUGGCUGCAUUGCCUCUCGGCUUCUUUGGCACUUUCAAACCCCCUCAGAGCAUUAAGGUGUGUAUCCAAGAGGGAGUAUGUCAGGUUAUGGUAUGUUUAUUAUAGUUGCAUCCCAUGUAACCUCAGCAUGUGGCUGAAGCAUUGUAAUAGAACAGGGAAGAUCCAGGUUCAAAUGUGUCUUCAGGCAUGACGCUCACUGGAUGGCCUUUGGCCAGUCACACUCCCUCAGACUGAUCUUCCUCACAGGACAACAGGGAUGGGCAGAGGACAGGUUCAUAGAGUCAAAAGUGGGGGAAAUGACACCACUGCUACAUCUUGCUGUGCUACUUACUGUUUUCCACUGAAGCAUGGCUGCUACAGCUGAAGAGUUGAGUAAAAGGGAAGCAGGGCUAUGUAGAGCCCCCCUUUUUUGAGACCUCUGGCUACAGUUAAUAAUUAUAAUAAUUACUAUUACAUUUCUAUACUGCCCUUUAGUCCAUUGGGCUUUCUGGGUGGCGUACAAAUUCAAUUACAAAACAAUACAGUAAAAAAUUUUAAUUUAUUGUUGUAAGCCGCCCCGAGGCUUCGGCGAAUGGGGCGGCUUAAAAAUGUUUUAAUAAAUUAAUAAAAAAUAAAUAAAAAUACAUAGCACAGCAAUAUAAAGUAAAAACAUAUGAAGUUUUCUACAAUAACCUUAGCAGAAAGCCCAGUACUCAAGCCAACACUGAACUGGCAUUGGCUGGCUAUGAAGGCAUGGGCGGUGUGGUCCUACCUCAUCUCCGCCUCCACUCCGCAGACGCAGGUGUGGUCAGUGUUCUUGAUCCUCUCCAUGGUGGUGAAGCUCCGUGAACCACUGAACCACUCAGUGUCGGAGGGCCCACAGGGACAGGUGGUGGGGGUGGCAGAAGCUGGGUGGCGCAGUGGUGAGUGCAGCACCAUGGUUGUCGGCAACAGCAAGUGGGUGCAGGUGUUAUACCCCAACUCGCCCGAUAUAGGAAGUCAGGUAAAAUAAAUCUCGAUGCACUUACAGUUUUUGGAAAACCUUUUUCACAAUGCUCUGAUUGCAUCCUUGCGCCCAUCCUCAGCAGUGUUGAUAAGGUCACAGCUGUGCAUGCAUUGAUCCCACUCUUCUGUCCACAGUGUUCCAAAAGUAGCCUUUUCGAUGAGACGUCCACAGCCAUCCCAAAGGGAUCCUUCUGGCCCUUUCCAAAAGCCAUGCUCGGCCCAAAGUCUCCGCAUGGCCAGACCUCUCCAGUAUCAAUCCUCCAGCUUGAAGUUUGUCAAACCAAACUUUUGGUACGGACUCUCUUUGUCAGCGGCUUGCCUCUGGACAUCAAACCCCGGGAGCUCUAUCUCUUGUUCAGACCAUUCAAGGGUUAUGAAGGUUCUCUUAUUAAACUCACAUCUAAGCAGCCUGUGGGCUUCGUUAGUUUUGACAGUCGCUCAGAAGCAGAAGCUGCUAAAAAUGCUUUGAAUGGCAUUCGCUUUGACCCAGAAAUCCCUCAGACACUCCGACUAGAGUUCGCUAAGGCCAAUACGAAGAUGGCUAAGAGCAAAUUAGUGGGAACGCCAAAUCCAAGCACUCCUGCCACCCCUAACACUGUACCUCAGUUCAUUACCAGGGAGCCAUAUGAGCUCACAGUGCCUGCACUUUACCCCAGUAGCCCUGAAGUGUGGGCGCCGUACCCUCUCUACCCAGCGGAGUUAGCACCUGCUCUACCUCCGCCUGCUUUCACCUACCCUGCUUCACUGCAUGCCCAGGUAAUUUAUACCAAUCAGUCACACCUUCACCCACAUGACCACCUGAUCCUCUCCAGUGCACACCGUACAACUAACACUUGUCUGGCUAACAGGCACACCAGAGAAAAAUUAAUGAUCACACCUCAAUCAAGCUGACACAUCCUCCUAGGACUACUUGGGACAAGCUUGGGAAAAAUGACAGCACCCCACUGCCUGAUAGAACCCUGAACACUUUUCUCUUCCUGAGUAAUUUCACCUCAUUCACUGAAGGCAGUUCGAAAUACCUGCUGGGUCUUUGUACACAUAUAUACCCCCUUUGUAUAUAUGGACUGUGCUUCCCAGACCUGCCUUUGCUGUGUUUUUCCUGGACGUUUGGGGGCUGAAUUGUCUUGAGGUGGAGAAAGACAAGGUGUGUGAGUGUGUGCUUUGGCACAUAUGUGUACUGGAAGCCAAUGAAGAAAGAGGGAGGGAAAACUGUCUCAUACAGAAGGGCAAAUGCAGGACCUUCAGUGGUCUAGGUAGCAAUUCCUGGUGUGUGUGUGUGUGUGUGUGUGUGUGUGUGUGUGUGUGUCAGGGUGAGUUCUACAUCAUGAGUGUUUCACAUGAGUGUUUCACAUGAGGUCUGAACUGGAGUGAGAGUGAUACAAAUGGCUAUUGGAUGAGUGAAAAGGUACAUUUGCUAUGCCAAAUUCCUUUGCCAAUCCCAGUGAGGCUUUGAAGAUGCUGAAUGGCUGCUUGGAGUUGAUGAUGAGCUACAUGGGAACUACACUAAGGAAUGCUCGCAAGAGGGGGACAUUGGCCUGGGAGGGCAGUUCCUGGGUUAGGAUCACUGCCAUGUUGAAUGAGUGGAUUCAUAGUUCGUGGAUAUUCUAUUGAUUUGGCCUUUGCUACUUGAUUCUUGGGUGGCUGUGGCAGUGGCAGCAAGGGGUUCUGCCUGCUAGCACCAUGUGCAGCAGUUGUACCCCCCCCCCCAUUUUGGAGACCCUGGAUGAUGUCCUGACAGAUCAGAUUCCAAGGAUAUCUCGGGGGAGGGACACAGUAAUUAUG